UGGUUAGUGACUCUCCAUUUUCAUUUCGUAAACAAAUUGACUAAGUCUUUAGUCUUGAGUCUUCAGUCCCAAAUGUCCUCUCUUCACAACUGUUUCGUUUCUCGUUUGUAGCUUACAUGUCAUUUGAAGUUCUUGAUAACAUUGGAUUUACAUGUGCUAUUUCUUGAUGUAAUUCUGAAGAUCGGACCAAUUCUUCCCAAUUUAUUUUUCUGAUGGACUCGGAUUCUCAAAGAAUAUUCCAGCAAGAGCCACUGUCCACUGCCCAUGGUCGUGCGGAUGGUGAUUUAGUAGGUGACCAUUCUAUCCUGCCCGCCACAUGUACAAUGUGCAGAAGGAUCCUUGCACCUAACAACGAGUCAAUUGACGAUCUUGAGACUUUUAGCUUGUGUGGGGACUGUAAAUUCUUACUUCUUGAAGAUGCUGGGACAGUUACGCAAGACUCUCAUCAGAGGCUACAACCUAGAGGAAGAAGGACGACGUAUAGCAGUACUGAGUCUAUUGAAAAUCUUUUCUCACAGCAGUUCUCACAGAUGAUUAAUUUGGCGAGACAAAACCAAUCGCCUAUCUCUGGGCAUGAGGAUCAAUUUUUAGAUGGUGAUACCGCUACAAGGUCAUUUCAUCGUUCAAGUGCGCGUACAACUCCGAGUGAUUCUAGAAGAUGGCGUCGGGUUCUAUCUGAUGCUGAAAGUGAUGGUUUUGAUAAUUUGGAUUCUUUUUAUGGGGAGAGUGAAUCAAAUGUAAGUUUUGGUCGCUAUAGAGGUUUCCAUGCUGAGAGUGAUGGCAUUUCUUUUAGUGCUUAUGGAGGUGAUUCUGAUGCAUCUGUGGAUGGACAUAGUUUCCUGGAUACAGAAAUUUUUAUUCCACCAGAAGAUGGAAGCAUUUUUGAUAGUGACACUGACAUUGAUCCAAUGCAUGCCGGUAUGAACCUGCAAUGGAACUCAGAUGAUGCUGAAGAAGAGGAGGAAGAAGAGGAUGAUGAAUGGGAAGAAGUGGAUGUUGAGGAAGAUACAGUUGAAUCUACUGUAGCCAGACCUCAACUUAGAAACAUUUUCAAUUCAAGUCCCAGUGAAAGCAAUGGCUCUGUUAAUAGGCAUAGGCAAUUUCAGUCUCCUGAAUUUCAGGGUGUGUUUCAUUGGAGGAUUAGAGAAGGUAGACAAAGAUUAACCCGUAAUAUCUUUGGUAACUUAGAGGAAUCAGAGUUACAUCCAUAUAUUGGGAAUUAUGGGGAUUAUCUUGAUGCAAGAGGCUUUGACGAACUGCUUGAGCAUCUUGCUGAGACUGACAACUCCAGAAGAGGAGCACCUCCUGCAGCCGUGUCUUUUGUAAAUAGUUUACCUUGUGUGACCAUUAAUGAAGAGCAUGCGAAGCAUGGCGAUCUAGCCUGCGCAAUCUGCAAGGACGUCUUACCCAUUGGCACUAAAGCAAACCAACUUCCCUGCCUUCACCUAUAUCAUCGGCCCUGUAUACUGCCAUGGUUGAAUGCACGAAAUUCAUGUCCCCUUUGUCGUUAUGAGCUUCCAACUGAUGAUAAAGAUUACGAGGAGGGGAAGCGAAACAUCAGUAGUAGAAUGGAAAUUCACGAAAUGAGGCAGCAGGAUGCAAAUGAGGACAGUGCAUCAGAUGCUUCAGAUGAAGUUGAAGCUGUUGAAGAUCAUGAAUUGACUUCAGACUACAUAGACUCUAAUAUGAGUAGCUCUGGCGAUGACAGUGGUAGAGGAAGAUGGUUUCUUCUUGCUGCUGCUCCGAUUGUCAGUCUCGUCGGUAUUGUUCUUGUGCUGUGGUUAGGCAAUCCACUAACUGCCAGAAGAGGGACAGUGAAUCAGCCUCAAAUAAACAUUCCUGGUUCUGGCCCCCCAAAUCGAAGGGAGAACAGAAGCAGGAGAUGGUGGUCACUCUUCUAACAUGUUUAUGGGACGUAGUAGAUAUAAUAGGCGAUGACUUGUUUGAUUGCUUAUUCAUAUUUGACAUGUUGUGGUUUUGGUCCGAAAAGAUUCACAUGGUGGUGUAUUUUCAACAUAUUAAGAGAGCUUGUGUGUGCAGUUCUAUUUAAUUGUGUUAGUUUUUGGUU